AUGGUAGCAUCGUCUUCUGUUUCGAGACCUCUCCUAAGAAUCAACGCACAGUUUGUUGCUAUUGCUCACACAAUCUGUUCUGCUAGUGCGUUUAUAGCUGCAUUUGUUAUUGGUUACGCCCUUCAUUUUGAAAAGAUUGUCAGGAACGAGUAUUUUGGGUAUCCCGAUGAAUGGUUCCCAAGUGUUUCCGCCACAAUUGGCGAUAGGUAUCCAGAAAGAUCGGUUUUCCAGAUUUUAAUAGCAUUGACUUCGGGUCCUAGAUUUCUCUUGCUAUUCUUUUCUUAUAUCAGGCUCUACAAACCAAACAGCAGUUUUCCAAAGGUCGCACUUAUCUCCGGUAUCAUUCGAACGGUCACAUGUGGAGGCUGGGUCUACAUUACAUCGACCGAUGACCACGACUGGCAUGAUAUUUUCAUGAUUUCUUAUAUUGUUUUGACUCUACCUUGGGAUAUCUCUAUUAUAAAACUAACUUCCCCAGGUACAACCCUUAAAAAAUAUAGGAAACUCACAGCUUAUGCAUUUUUUGGAACUCUGUUCCCUUUGAUUUAUUUAUUUGUCCAACACAAAAUUCAUCAUACUCCUGGCUCCUACUCAUAUUACGCUUAUACUGAGUGGUUACUGAUUGUUUUUGACAUUUUAUUCGAUUCAUGGGCUAUUCUCGAUUUCAGGGAUCUGUAUCUAGAAAUAAGACCGACCGACUUGAAUGAUGAAUUUUUUUCAAUUAACUUCCGAGUCUCACCAUAUUCUGCUGGUGCUGAUGCUGCUUCUUCUUCCAAUUUUUCAAGUAAAAAUUAUGAUCAUUAUGGACCGGAAAAAUCAAAUUUUAAACUGUCUGACAAUUUUAUUCCUAAAAAUUCAGAAUUUAACGGUUCAUACAUUCAAAUUAUGAUAAACAUUGUCAACGCUUAUAUGUUUUGGACAAUAUUUACUGCAUUAUUCCUCUGUAUUUGGUAUUUCCCGCUUUGGUAUAUGGGUAUCAGUGGUUAUGAGCUGGUCAUUAUUACUUCUCUAUCGCCUAUCCUUCUCAAAUUCAAAAAGCUUAGAGAAUUUGCUUACACGUAUCCAAAUAAAAUUAGAUUUUAUGCAUGCAUAUUUGGUGUCGGCUCAUUUAUGAUCAGCGAUCCUAUGCUCCGUUUAUUUUCGAUCAGUAUUGGUAAUGCACUGUCUUUUAUUGGACUGACUUCAGAGGUUGCAUUACUCGGUAUGACCAAAUCAAGUACCAUUAUUAGAAGUUAUGCUACUACUUUUAUGUUAGGCUUAACCUUAACUUCAAUUGGAAAGUUUGCUUAUUGGACAAAUAAUCCAGUCUGGCCUAUCUUAAACGAAAAAACGGGUGGUUUAAACAAAAUUGGUAUUGUGAUAGGUCUGUUGGCUGCUCAUUACACCCAGUUUCCAAAAGCUUUGGCAUCCAAAACUAAGGACUAUGAAGAUAAUGUUUCCACGUCUUGGAAGUAUGUUGCGCUGGCAUUUGGUUCUCUCAUGUUUUCAUGGAUGAGUAUGCUUACAGAUUCAUCUGUUAUUAUUACCUGGGUUUGGGAUGGCUAUCCGAUCAGCGGUCCGACCCCUGUUCCUCAUGGAGCAGUUACUUUGAGUGUUAUGUUGUUUGGUAUAUAUUUUGGAUUCUAUAACCCGAGAUCUUACAAGUUGAUUACUGGGCUUGGCAUUAUUGGCUCAGUCAUCUUGUAUUCAUUCCAUGGGUGGUUAGGUUAUUUUGGUGGUAUGAUUUACACAUUCUGGUUAACCUACGUGUCUCAAAUUUGUUUUGAACAAUUAUCUGGUUAUUAUGAUAACAUUGCAAAGGUUAUGUUUGCUGCAUUAAGUGUUACCACUAUAUUGGUUUUAAUGCAUGUAUGGGUUGUCGCAUACGCCUUUGUUCCAGGUGGGCCAUUGCUACGUGAAAGAACAGAUAUUGUCUUGGGUUCUUCUGUACUAUUGAUUGCUAUGUUUGUAUACGGGCUAAAAGGAAUUGAGCUCAAUCACAUUAAAGUAAAAAAACACAUUUCGAAGUUCAACAAUAUCAUAGUUUCAUUAUUGUUUUUAUCAGGAAUAAUUGCAUUCAACAGAUUCCAAUAUAGUGUUCCAAAGCCAUAUCAUCCUAAAUCAAGAUUAGUGACCGCAGGUAUUUGGACCAUUCAUUUCGGUUUGGAUAACGAUAUGUGGGCAAGUGAAUAUCGUAUGCGUGACUUGAUUCGGGAUGCAGAAUUGGAUGUUGUUGGUUUAUUAGAGUCUGAUACUGAGAGGAUCAUUAUGGGAAACAGAGACCUGACUCAAAGAAUUGCCGAAGAACUAAAUAUGUAUGCUGAUUUUGGACCAGGUCCAAAUAAACACACCUGGGGUGCAGCAUUAUUGUCCAAAUUCCCAAUUUUGAAUUCCACCCAUCAUCUAUUACCAUCGCCUGUUGGCGAAUUGGCCCCAGCCAUCCAUGCAACUCUGGAUAUGUAUGGUACUUUAGUUGAUGUUGUUGUUUUCCAUUCCGGUCAAGAAGAAGAUGAGGAAGACCGUAGGUUACAAAGUUUAGAAUUACAAAGAAUUAUGGGUAGUAGCGAUAGACCAAUGAUUCUGUUGAGUUAUUUAGUCACAACACCACAUGAAGGUAAUUAUCACACUUACGUUAGCGAAGAAUCUGGCAUGCAUGACAUAGAUGUCACCGACGAUGAUAGAUGGUGUGAAUACAUUCUCUACAAGAAAAUGAAGAGAACAGGUUAUGCCAGGAUUAGUAGAGGCAGUAUCACAGAUACUGAGUUGCAGGUUGGUAAAUUUGUUGUUCCGUUCCCAGAUGAAUAUGAUGAAACAUACAGUCAAGAUGUUGUACCUGAAGUAUGGAUGAAUGUUGAUAGAAGAUUCCCAGAUAUUUUUCGAGGAGAUGGUGUGAGAGAUCAUCGCUACCAUGUUUUCGAAGAACCUAAGUACUACAUUUAA